AUGCAGACAUGGGUGGCAGUGUCCACGAGCGCCCGGACAGCCUGCCCACCGCUCUACGUGACGUGGCAGCGGUUUGCAGAAGGCAGGUCGCUGCCAGCAGCCCUCGAGGCCGUGGCCGCGAAGUUGAAAGCAGUAUACAGGUGCCAGCCAGGGCAGCUCUGGGUCUUCUUCAGCCUCCUCAUCCUCCUCUUGGUCAUGCUACAAGUCGUGGAGAAGCUGCAGCCUGCCAAAAACUGCCGGUGCGAGCUGGAGCAUGCCCUGCAGCAGACCACGGACCACGGGCAGAAGGGGCUCGGCUAUGCCCUCCAGACCCCCGACUCGCUGUGGGCGGACAAUUCCCCGCACUGGCAGAGGAAAGCCAUGCCAGACCCCACUUUGACUGAGAGCGCGCAGGACAUUUUUCAGAUGCAUCCGUACUUCAGCUGGGAGACCCCACUGGAAAGCAGCCCAAAGAGCCAAGAGGAGCACUGGAUGUGGCAGCCCGUGGAGAGCAGCAAGAAGGUGAAAGCCCACCUUUCAUCCACGAGGCUGAAAUCCCAGCCUCCUGGCCUGAGAAAAGCAACUGGAGAGGGUCCUUCUCCAAGUCUUCCUGGGAGGAGCUCCACAGUUUCGGGAGAUGCUGACCCUGUCACCAGCAAGUUCAUCAUCUUAGCAAACAGGAUGACCGCAGAGGAGCACAGGAGAACGUCACCACCAGGAAUGACGCAGGUGGUGGUACAGAGCCAGUCUCAGCCUCAAGCCGUGGGUUUCCCCCACCAUCAGCGGGGCAGCUCGCUUAAACACGCCGUGCCAAACUCAGCUCAGCCUCCACGGGCAGAGGACUCUUACAAGACAGGCCUGGAGAGGGGAUUUUUCCCAAGCUGGACAGAAGUCUCUAAGCUUAAGAAGGUGACACCUGGAGAAGGCCAGCAGAUCAGAGGGGUCUCCUCUCAACGGGAGACGUGUGAGCCGAAGACUGACGUCGUCUUCCUGAAAGUCCACAAGAGUGCCAGCAGCACCGUCAUAAACAUCCUCUUCCGCUUCGGCGAGACGCACAACCUCACCUUCGCCUUCCCCGUCGGGGGCGGCAACCAGCUCUUCUACCCGCACCACUUCUUGGCGAGGUCCGUGCAGGGCUUCUCCCCCAGCAGCCCUCGGCGGUUCAACAUCGUCUGCCACCACAUGCGAUUCCUGCAGCCGGAGGUGCAGAAAGUGGUGUCCAGCUCAGCCGUCUACUUCUCCAUCCUGAGGAACCCUGUGCAGCUCAUGGAGUCCUCCUUCAUGUACUACAAGGGCACAUCGGCUUUCUCGGGCGCUCACAGCCUGGAGGAGUUCCUCAGCCAGCCCUACCACUACUACAAGCCCACAAAGAGUGACAGCCACUACGCCAGGAACCUCAUGACGUUCGACUUUGGCUUCAACCCCGACGGAGAGGUCUCCCCUGAGCGGGUGCAACUCAUGCUGAAGGCCAUCGAGGCAUCCUUCGACCUGCUCCUCAUCUCCGAGUACUUCGACGAGUCCAUGGUGCUGCUGAAGGAGUUGCUGUGCUGGGACCUGGACAGCGUUGUCUCCUUCCCGCUCAACAGCAGGCACAGCAGCACCAAGUUCCCCCCCUCGGACGCCAUCGUGGAGAAGAUAAAGGACUGGAACAGGCUGGACUGGGAAAUCUACACCCACUUCAACAGGACCUUCUGGGAAAGGAUCGACCGAGACUUUGGCAGGGAGCGCAUGCAGCGGGAAGUAAAGGCUCUUCGGGAGAGGCAGGCAGAGCUGGCGAGGACCUGCCUGCAAGGGACAGGCAGCGUGGCCCCGAAGGACAUCAAGGACUCUUCCCUGCAGCCGCUGCAGCACGGCAACGCGAAGAUCUUGGGCUAUAACCUCAAGCAGGGUUUGGAUAAGGAGACGGAGCGCAUGUGCCGGCGGCUGGUGACCCCGGAGCUGCAGUACAGCAGCGCUCUCUACAAGAAGCAGUUUGCCCCGAAGCGUCCCCAGACCCACCAGCUCACUCCUCAACAGGGCAAUGCCCUGCGGCACAGGCUGGAGGGCACCCAAAACUGA